AUGGCUACCGGCCUCCUCUUCGUCACAGCCCCGAAUGCAGAUUUCAAAGUUAUUAAUCCUUUUCUUAUCUACGCCCGCGACUGGGAGUUCGGCGAAGAAGACACCUGGGACAAUUUCCACCUCGUUACCUCACGUAACGCCUCAUACUUUAACCAAUUCAAAGACUCUCCCCGGAAUGACCUCGCCACUACUAAGCCAGGAGAUGUCACCGUCGAAAACUUCUCUAAUCAAUGGGCCGGCACUAGUGUCCGGGACAUCGAACAACAUAUCCUCUCCAUAGACGACUCGGAAUCCGACGGCAUCGACAUCUCCGUCUUCCUCGUCAUCGACGAACAAAGCCUGCAGGACAGAACGUGCAUUAUGGCUGAGAGAUACACGUGGAACGACGAUGUCGAUCCUUGGGAACAGAGGCUUAAGGGCGCCCAGAAGAAACACUAUGAUUUUAAUAAGUACAGGGCGCCGUGGGAUGAGACGUACAUAGUUUUUGUGAAUUUGAGUCUUGGUAAUCUGAGGUUUGACGAAUAUGCUAAUGAGGACGAGGGGACGGAUGAGGAGGGGUAG